UUAAAAGUGUGGCUACAUUUUCUUUAGAAAAGAAAAUAUAUACAUAUCCUACGUAUGUGAAUUACAAAUGUAAUGAAUACUGUAUGUGGGCGUACGAUAUGUGUUAGAAUCUUAUUAAUAUAUUUUUUUUAUAUCAGUGAAAUCGACACUAUUUUCGGAAGUUUUCUACUAAAAUUUCUGAUUUUUAUCUAAUCUAUAGUAUCAUAUAUUAUUAUCUAAUUUUUCUAAUAUAUAUUUUCAUAAAAUGGAUUAUGUGAAACAAAUAUAAAUUAGCAUAAAAAGCCGAAUAAUAAUGCAAUAACUUUUAAAUUAUAUUUUAGAAAAGUGAAAAGAAUUAUUCGUAUAAUUAUGGAAGAUUCUACAGAAGCACAAAAGUGGCAACAGCAUUUAUCUUUAUUGCGAGAACAGUAUGUUAAUUUAUACAAUACCAAUAUAGAACUUCAACGUGAAUAUGCUAUUGUUACUGCAAAUAAACAGGAUACUGGAUUUAUUAGUAGACUUUUGACAACUAUUGCAUCGUUAUUCAAUCAACAUCGUUAUAGUGACAUAACUAUUAAAUUGAGGGAUCAGGAAAUACCAGCACAUAAAUUUAUAUUGUCUGCUAGAACAGAUUUUUUUAGUGAAUCAAUAUUAACCGAAGUAACUAUUUUAGAUUGGACUCAUUUGGAACCAAAUGUUGGAUUAAUAUUAUUGAAAUGGAUAUAUACAGGAAAGGUGUUACAAGAAAAUUUAACAUUAGAUUUAAUGAAAGCAGCAUCUAAUUUUCAAUUAUUAGAUUUAGUUGAUCAAUGUGAAAGAUAUUUAAUUGGAAUUGUAGGACUCAAAGAUUGUGUUCAAUUAUAUGCAGCUGCUGAAGAAUUAGGUGCUCAGAGAUUAAAAGAGCAUUGUAGUUCUUUGAUUUCGGCACAUUGGGAAGAUUUAACAGGAGAAGACUUUAAAGAAAUGCCUGGCUCUUUGCUAUAUAAAUUAUUACAAACUAAAAGUAAAUAUCCUUUACAUGCUGCUGUUCGAAUAAUGAGGGAAGAUGUCGUUUUUUUAUAUUUAGUAGAAAAUAAUUCAGGGUUAACAAAAGCUGUUAAUGCUUUGGAUCAUAAAGGAGAAACGCCUUUAGAAGUUGCUUUAAAAUCUCGUCAACCAUCGUUGGCGCGUACUUUGGUUGAACAUGGAGCUGACUUAAGUACAAAAGAUUUGAGAGGUUUUUCUUUACUUCAAGCUGCUAUUUUUAAAGGAGAUUCUUAUGCGGCUGAAUUCAUAAUAGAGCAGUUGGAAAAUAAUAAAAAUAUAAAAGAAUUAUGCGAAGUUAUAAAACUUACUGCAAAUGUGCGGGAUAUAAAAAAUCCUGAAGAACUCGAAGGAUGUACUGCUUUACAUUUGAUAACAAAACAUAAUUCAAAAGAUAUGUUAACAGUUGCAUCUCGAUUACUUCAAGCUGGUAUCGAUCCUAAUUUACAAAAUCAUAGAGGAUGGACUGCUUUACACAGUUGUAUUCAAGAGAGAAAUGAAUUACUUUUUGAUAUAUUAUUAGAAUGUCAAAGUAUAGACUUGGAUAGAACUACUAAUGAAGAUGAUACUUCAUUGUGUAUUGCAAUGAAAACAACAGAUCCAUUCAAUGAACUUUUUGCUAAGAAACUUUUAAGUAAAGGUGCAACUCCAAAUCCUUUAUAUAAAAAUACUGGAGACACUUUACUACAUAUUUUAAUAAGAGAAUAUAAAGAAGAAGCAGCAUUAUUUUUAAUUGAUUACUGUAAAGAUAAUUUGAUGCAAAAAAAUAAAGAAGGAUAUUCAGUUUUACAUGAAGCUUGUAAAGUUGGGUCAAAAAAUUUAACGCGAGCUUUAUUAAAAACUGGUUUUCCAGUUGAUGAAGUUACAUUGUCUACAGGUGAUGCGCCAAUACAUAUUGCCGUUUUGAAUUUAUAUUUUGAUAUUGUAAUAGAAUUAUUAGAUACACCUAAUUCAAAUUCCCAAUUAAAUUUAAAAAAUAACGCAAAUGAAACACCUUUGAGUUUGGCUAUUAAAGCUCCAUUUAAAAAAGGCAAAGAUAUAGUUUUAGCGUUAAUAAAAGCUGGAGCGAAUAUCAAUCAAUGUAAUAAAGAAGGUUUAACAUUGUUACAUCAAGCAAUAUUAAAAGAAGAUUCGGCAACAGCGAUUUUUUUAUUGGAAAAUGGUGCAGAUAUGAAUAUUAGGACUGCAAAUGGGGAAACUCCACUACAACUUUCUGUACAUUGUAGACUUGGUGAAGUUGUAGAAUCUCUUUGUAAAAGGGGUGCAGAUACUUCUAUAGGAUGUCCAUUAUGGGAUGCAUUAGAUUCAGAUCAAGAAGAUGUAGCAUCUAUUUUAGUUAAAUAUGGAGCAGAUACUGAUUGUUGGAGUUCUGGUCCAGAUAAUUGUCAACAAACAUUAUUACACAGAGCAAUUGAUCAUAACAAAGAAGAUAUUGCACAAUUCCUUAUAAGGAGCGGUUGUGAUUUAAAUGCACCUAGAAGACCUGGUCCAGAUGGUACUGGAGGUGAUGAAGGAAGGGAUGAAUGUACUCCUUUACAUUUAUGUUGUCAAUGGGGUUUAGAACAAGUGAUACAAACACUUAUUGAACAUGAUGCUGAUGUAAAUGCUCGAGAUGUUGAAGGAAAAACUCCAAUUCACGUAGCCAUACAAAAUCAACAUUCGCAAAUUAUUUCUUUAUUACUUUAUCAUCCUAAUAUAGAUUUAAAUAUAAGAGAUAAAAAAGGUUUAACACCAUUUGCAACAGCUUUAACAUUUCGGAACAACAAAGCAGCUCAAGCAAUAUUGGAACGGCUUCCCAAAGCUGCUGAACAAUGUGAUAAUAAAGGCAGAAACUUUUUACAUACUGCUAUUCAAAAGAAUGAUAUGGAAAGCAUAUUAUUCUUGAUGUCUAUACAGGUAGAUGUAAAUUCCAGAGUUCAUGAUGUUACACAAACUCCACCUUUACAUCUUGCUGCAGUUUCUGGAAAUGAAAUGUUAGUAAGAAGUUUAAUAUUGGCUGGUGCCCGUGUUAAUGAUACAGAUGCAAAUAGAAAUACUGCAUUACAUACUGCUGCAAAAGCAGGUCAUGCAUCAAUUAUAUCUGCUUUAUUACAGAACAAUAUUAAUUUUGAUGCUAUAAAUGCAGAUGGUGAUAAUGCAUUGCAUGUAGCUGUAAGAGAAGGUCAUGUAUCAGUAGUAAGAACACUUUUGACUGAAUGUACAUUGGAUGCAGAGGCUGUAAAUCUUAAAGGAAGAAAUCCCUUACAUGAAUUAGCUAGAUGUGGAAAAGAUAAUGCUGCAACUAUAUGUGAACUUUUUUUAGAAUGUAUGUCACAAUAUCCAGUAAAUAAUGCAGAUUUAGAUGGCAAUACUCCAUUACUAAUAGCUUAUAUGAAAGGAAAUGGUCAACUUUGUCGUACUUUGGUAAAGGCUGGUGCAUGUUUAGGUUCUAUGAAUAAAGAAGGUAUUACAAUUUUCAAUUAUCAAGUAGCAACGAAACAAUUAUUAUACAGAUUAUUAGAUUCCUUGACACAAGAAGCACCAUGGGCUGAUAAAGAUCUUUGUUUAGAAUGUGGUACAAAAUUUUCUCUCACAAUGCGAAAACAUCACUGCCGUCAUUGUGGUCGAAUUUUGUGCAAUAAAUGUUCUGAUCAAGAUGUUCCAAUCGUAAAAUUUGGAUUAAAUAAACCUGUUCGUGUUUGUGCAGUAUGUUUUGAUGUAUUGCAAUUAGGUGCUGAAUGAAAAAAAAGCCUAAAUAAAUUACAUAUUCAUAUUGUAAAUAAAAUAAUCAUUCCAUAUGCAUUUGUCAUAAAAAAUAUACCAAAAAUUUGUAUUAUUUUGAGCAAAUCAUUAUAUAUACUUUGCUGUAUUAUAUGAUUAUUCUUGUUGAAAGUUUGUUAAAAAAAAAUUUAUAGGUAUUAAAUUUUAAAUGAAAAAGUAUCGAUAAAAAUUACUAUUUAUUGAUAUAUUAUCAUUUAUUCCUAACAUUACAUAUUAUCUACAAUGUAUUGAAUUAAUUUGUAACAUGUUUUAUAAUAAAAAUCACACAUUUUUAAUAAAAUCAUAACCUUAUUUAAGCUUGGUGAAAAGCGUUUUUGCUACACAAUGAUCUAUACAUUCUACAUAAUCAAUUAAUUCUUCCAUACAAGUUUCUUCAGUUUGUUUUCUUGAAUUAACACGGUCAUUACAAGUGUUUAAUUUAUCUUGCAUAGCACUACAUUUAGGUAGUCUUGAACAUUUUUCCUAAGAAAUAAAUAACAAUAUAUUCUGAUAGCAUAAAGAAAUGAUUUUUAAAAGAUUAAUAUUUAUAUUCAUAAUUUAAAUAAUAUAUUAUAUGCAUCAAUGUAUGAUUAAUAAUAUUAAAGUAUUAUUAAUAAAUUUAGUUCAUAAAAAAUUGAUAUAGAAUAUUAUUUUAAUUAAUGAAAAAAAUUUGAAUGGCAACAAAUUACUUAAUUUUUAUAUUAUUUAGAUACAUUUAUUGAAAAAAAUAUAUAUCAAAAUAAGAUUUCUUUACAUUUUUAAUUUUUAUAAAAGUUAAUUACAAAUUAAUAAUAUUAUUAAUAUAAUUUCAUAUAAAAUUUCAAAUAAAUUAUAUUUUAUAUUAGGAAUAAAUUAAUUAAUUAUAAAUAUAUAUACAUUUAUAAUAAAAAAAAAUAAAAUAAUAAAUUCAAUAAUAAAUAUUAAUUAUGAAUGUAAAACAUUGAAAAAUAAAAUUUUGAAUUAUUGUAAUACGAGUAUUAUAUAACAAUUUUUGCUUACACGAAGUAGUUUUUGAGGAUCAACUAUUUCUUCAUCUUCAGCCUUUACAGUUGGGAUGUAACGUUUAAAAAUAUUUUGUAAGAAAGACAUAUUUUUAUUUAAUUUUACACAGAUAUUAUAAAUUAAUUUUGAACAUGCACUGAAUUUCCGGCUUGUAAUAUGACUGUUAAUUGGUAGAAAA